AUGCAUAUAUUUCAGGACCAGGCCGAAGUCGCGGACGCACUGGCGAGUUUGACGAUGAAGGCUGCCGAGCAGGCGAUCGAGGAGCGGGGCUCCUUCACCGUCGCGCUCGCGGGUGGCUCAUUAAUCAAACUACUUGGUGGGCUGAAGGGAAAAAAUGGAAUAGACUGGGAUAACUGGCACGUCUUCUGGGUCGAUGAAAGAUGCGUUCCUCACGAUGACCCCGAAAGCAACUACGGCGGGGCCCUGCAAGCACUGCUUUCGGACGUACCGAUCCCUGCGUCGCAGCUGUAUGCCAUCAAGGAGAGCCUGUGUCAGAAGAACGAGGGUGCGGCGCAGCCCUGCGCUGCGGAAUAUGAUGCAAGACUGAAAGGAUUGUCGCGCAGUAUCCUACCAACGAAAGACGGCUUGCCCAUUUUCGAUCUCUUACUGCUCGGGUUUGGACCCGACGGACACAUCUGCUCACUUUUUCCAGAGCACCCACUUCUGAAGGUCACACAGCCCUGGAUAUUGCCCAUUUCUGACUCGCCAAAACCACCACCCGAACGAAUAACAUUUUCGAUGCCUGUCGUAAACGCUGCAAAGAAGAAAUGUUUCACCGCCAUAGGGGAAGGCAAGGCUGAGAUGGCAGCGACAAUCAUAAAAAGUGCUGGCGACGACCCAAAGAUUCCGGCUUCCUAUGUGAAGGGUGAUGUCGCAUGGUUGAUGGAUGCUGCGGGGGCAUCUCUUCUGUGA